AUCACGUUUCUGAGCUUCCUCGUCCGCUUGGAGGAUGUUAAGAACUGUGGGGCUGCUGGUGAGCAUUGUGAGGUUGCCUCCAACAACUGUAGCACUCACGAGGCACAUACAUCCAGCCAAAACCGCAUUUGCUGGUCACUCAAAAUGGCAAAAUAUUCGCCACGUAAAGGCAUUGAAUGAUGGGCGCAAAUCCGUCCUGUUCAUAAAACUGUCCCGCCAGAUCCGUCUUGCGGUGCAGGCCGGUGGACCUAACCCAGCAGUGAAUAAUGUACUCCGGGCGGCGAUCGACGAAGCGUUGAAGAAAAAUAUGCCCAACGCCACUAUUCAGGGCGUUCUGAAGAAGUGCACCACUCAGUCGGCGGAACUGAAAAAGUACGUACUGGAGAUCAAAGCCCUCGAUCAAAUCAAUAUUGUUUGCGUACUGUACACGGAUCGUUUCACACAACUGAAGAUGGAAAUGGCCACGACUCUGAGGAAGAAUUUCGCUCUGUUCUUCGACACAAAGCAUGCCUUUGAUGAAAUAGGGUUUGUGGAAGCCAUUCCUCCGGCAGAGGUGCAAAGCGAAGAUCUUACUUCGGUGUGUACGGAUCACGCAAUCGAAAUGGGUGCUGAGGAUAUCGAGGUGAUGGAUGCGCAUGAUCGACGGGUCAGGUUCCUUUGCAGUUUUCGUGACGUUGAUAGGAUAAAGAAAGAGCUGGAAAAGUUGAACUACAGCGUGGAGCACUGCGAACAAGCCUUUUUUCCAAAGUCAACCAUCGUGCUUAAUGCUGAGGCAAUGGAGGCAUACGAAAAGCUGAAAGACAAACUGAAAGCAAUGGACGGUGUGGAAGAUAUCUACGACAACGUGGAGAUGACGGCGUAGAAAAGAUAACACUCGUUUUCAC